AUGAAAAAUUUUGGAAAAGAAUUUAAAGAGGAAUUUGUUAUUGAACCUGGAUACACUUGUGUUAACCACAGUAGCUUUGGCUAUAUCCCUAAAUGCGUCUUCAAAUAAAGAAUCGAUAAUUAUAGAAAGUUUCUUGAAAACCCUGAUUGUUUUGCCCGAUACACAAUUCCAAAAUAAUCUCCGCUAGUUAGAUAAACUGCAGCAGAAUUUUUGAAUGCAAGUCCUAAUCAGUGUUUCUUCUCAAAUAACUCAGCAGAGUCCAUGAAUAGCAUACUUAAAAAUUUGGGCUUGUCGGACAAGGAUACCAUACUCUAUUUGAAUAUAGCCUAUCCGAUGGUAAAGAAUGUGAUAAAAUAUAUGAAUACUAACUUUAAGGUGAACACAUGUAUGGUAGAACUAAAAGCUGAAGACUUAAAGAAGGAGAUUAUCCUCUAGUAUAUUGAGGAAAAUAUGAAGUCUAAGAAAAUAACAGUAGCGGUUUUGGAUAAUAUUUCAUCACAGCCGUCAAUAAAAUUACCAACCAAGGAGUUUAUCGAAUUGUGCAAGAAAUAUGACGUAAUAAGCAUUAUCGAUGGAGCUCAUGGUGCUGGGAUUAGUGAAAUCAAUCUCAAAGAGUUAGACCCUGAUUUCUUUUUUACAAAUUUGAACAAAUGGGCAUUUUGUCCAUGUAGUGUUAACUUAUUAUAUAUGAAGGAGAAAUAUUUGAAUUAAAUACAUAACAACACUGUGUCUGUAUUUUACGGGGCUGGCAUCGAAAAGGAAUUUGAGUAUUAUGGUACUAGAGAUGCGAGUAUUAUCCUUUCAGUAAUCGAUGGAAUAAACUAUAUCAACUCAUUUGGUCUAAAAUAAAUAAUUGAAUAUUGUGAAAAUUUAGCAUGGGAAGGUAGCAAUUUGGUUGCCAAAAUUUGGGAAACAGAAUUGUUGGCCCAAGGACAAAGCCAUGCAUUCUGCUAUGGUUAAUGUGUUGGUGCCACACAAGGAUCACUCUUACAUAUUGGAAUGUUCGAAGAAUUGCUAUGA